GCGGCAUCGUCUGAAGUGGCACCGACUCCGUUGUUUGCCCGAAGUGGAAUUCAGAGCUCCUUUGAGCACACCCCAGUGAUGGGUUCACGUGACGCCCUCUUGCCCACCUCCUGCACGCCAAGCAGUGCUCGAAGUGUCAAUGGACUGCCACACUCGGGCCAAAAGUCUGCCAAAGUCACGUGGGUCAAUGAGCCAUCGUUUCGAGGUCAUCCACACACCAUCAUCAUUGAAGGCGAGGUGAAUGCGGAUGCGCCUUCUCCCUCCCACCUCUUCUCUCAGCACCGCUACGUUUGA